AGGUAUCGCGAGAAGAUGACAGAGCCUACAGCCCACCUCUUCCCCCAACAGAAGCACAGUACAUGACAAGUCAUAUGUGUUUGGACGCCGAAGUUUUGAAGGACUUGUGGUUAACUCACACUAAAAUACUCUCUAGGUUGUGUCUUGGACAGAUGAAGGAUACUAAAUGUGAUCGUGUUUUCCGCAUUGAUCACUCACAAAAGUUCUGUAGUAAGCUGAAGGUGUAUGGUGCUGAUGGCAGUAAAGAACAGUCGGCAAGCAUUCGAAUGUUGCUGCUAGUACAAAACGAGGUAGGUCAAAUAAUGGGAAGAACACUAACUAAAUCGGAAAAUCAUGUCGAGACGGAAACCCUUUUGCAAAGUCUC